AUGGCUUCAACGCUUCACCUUCCAAGACCAAGAUCUGCGGCAAGUUCCGUAAAAAGUGUAAGAAGUAGCAAAAGUGUAAGAAGUACAAGUCCAUCUUCAGCUGGUGGUAAUCGAGAUGAAAAUGAUGCUUUAAGACCAUAUGUAGACGCCAUAGUCACUAUGUUUGUAAGAAUAAGAGAAAAAGGAUACAAUUUUUCAGCAGUAACUGAUUGCAUCGAAGAAGAAAUAGGAUUGAAAAAACAUGAACCAACACAAAUAUUUUCAUGGUUAUUAAGUAAUCGAAAUACAGCACAAUAUGUAACUUUACUUGGAUUUUUUUAUUUUCAAGGAAUAGGAGUUCCUACAGAUCAACGAAAAGGAUUUUCAUUAUUUCUCUCAGCAGCGAAAAUGGAUUUUUUCGUAGCGCAAGAUUUAGUUGCAGAUUGUUAUGCAUUUGGACUUGGAACCACCAAAAAUGAAGAUUUAAGUUUUAUGUGGUAUCAAAAAGCAUCACAAAAUGGUAGUGUCGAUGGACAGUUUGGACUUGGAUAUUGUUAUGAAGCAGGAAUUGGUACAGUAAAGAGCAUUACCAAAGCAUUUCAAUUAUACAAAAAAUCAUCAAAAAAAGAAAAUAGGUCAUCAAUGUUUAUGUUGGCACAAUGUUAUGAACAAGGAACAGGAACAACAAAAGAUUUAGAACAAGCAAUUUAUUGGUAUAGAAAGGCUAAAGAAUGUGGAAACAGUGACGCGGAAACACCAUUAGAAGAAUUAUUAGCAAAAACUACAAAUUCUGAGUAA